AUGUUUUGCCUGCGAAGCUGGCUCCCGCUCCUCUUCAUCCCCACAAACGCCUCGCCCGUCUUCAUAUUCCUCUUCUUCAUCUGCACCUACUUCCUCAAUCGGCCCUGCGUCUACUGCUCCAUCCUGCUCCUCGUCCUCUUCCUCACGUCGUGCAACUGGUCCGACCGCUGCUUCUUCGACUUUCGCAGCAACUGGUUUGUGCCCCGGCCUGCCACCACCGCCGCCGAUGACUCGUCCGACGCCUUCAACGCCACCCUCGUCGAGAUGGCCAACUCGACGGCAAAGGCCCUCGCCGGCGCCGCCGCAGACGCAGUCGCCGCCCGCAGAGCCGAGUGGACUGGCCUCGGCAUGGAGUGGCUCAGGAGCCUCCUCGGCAGACGCGAGUGGAGGAUCGAGUGCAUGGACUUGUACAUUCGGCUGUGA